GGAGAAGGAAUAUAAUGAUAGCAUCAACAUAGCAAGUCAUACUCCUUCCUAGAAGGGAUGAAGAACCACAGUACCAAUAAUCCUAACAACAUUCAAGUAACUUCUACUAUUAGCUUAAACAACAUAACAAUCAUAAUAUUCUCUUGUUAUGAGGGGAAGAAAGCACAAGAUAUAGAACAGAAGGCCUAAGACUUUCAAUUUGAUUUUUAAACAACUUUGUGGUAGAGAAUAGCUCUUCAAACAAAACCACCUUUGCCUUUGGAAGACUGCAAUGGACCUAAAUUUAGGGCAUAAUAUAAUUUACAGUGUCCUAAGACCAUUUCCCAAGACGGACAAGUCUUACUCAAUAUAAAAGGCUGGAUGGCGGCUGUUAUCCUUGUAGGGCUGAGCUUCAGCAUCUCACACAGCAGAAAUUGAAGCUUCGCUUACUGACUGUUCUGUAGUUUCCAAGAGAGGAACAGCCUCUAAGCGUAGAAAAGCGAGGAAAGCUGUGCACAGCUUGUCACGGGGGUCACUGCGUGCUGCGGCCCGUAGCUCCGCUCCUGCCCUGCCCGCGGCUGACCCAGCGCGGGAGGAGCCCCGUGCCCUCGGUUACCGGCACCGGACGGCGCUGCCCGGGGCCGGGCUGCUCUCCAGACCACCGCACCCACAGGGGAGCCCUGAAAGACCGCGAGGAGCAGCCAGAGAGAGCCGCCGUUUCCCAAACCCCUCCAGGAGCACCGGCCCACUCCGCCCCGCCCGGCUCGCCCCGGUACCUUGGAGGACACGGUCGCCACCAGCUUGAAGAGACGCUGUUUGGUGUAUUACAUUGAAGCGAAAGCAAAGCUGCACACAAUAUAAUACAAUAGGGCUUGAGAUUGAUCAUGAAGACCUUCUGUGGAAGAGCCAAUCCAACCACUGGCUCGAUGGAGUGGAUAGAAGAGGGUGAGGACUAUGACUACCACCAGGAGAUUGCAAGGUCACGCUAUGCAGAUAUGCUUCAUGAUAAGGACAGAAAUGUGAAAUACUACCAAGGUAUUCGUGCUGCAGUGAGCAGAGUAAAAGAGAGAGGUGAGAAAGCAAUUGUGCUGGACAUAGGGACUGGCACAGGACUCCUGUCCAUGAUGGCAGCUUCAGCUGGGGCAGAUUUCUGCUAUGCCAUUGAGGUGUUCAAGCCCAUGGCUAAUGCUGCUGUGAAGAUAGUGGAGAAAAAUGGUUUUUCUGACAAGAUCAAAGUAAUCAACAAGCAUUCCACUGAAGUCACAGUUGGCCCAGAUGGAGACAUGCUGUGUCGGGCAAACAUCCUGGUAACAGAAUUAUUUGAUACAGAGCUGAUUGGAGAAGGAGCUUUACCAACCUAUGAGCACGCACACAAAUAUCUUGUACAGGAAGGAUGUGAGGCAGUGCCUCACAGGGCAACAGUGUAUGUCCAGUUAGUGGAAUCCAGAAGAAUGUGGUCCUGGAAGAAACUGUUUCCUGUUCAUGUUGAAGCAGAGGAUGGUGAAAAAAUACUUGUUCCACCUUCAGAAAUGGAGAACUGUCCAGGUGUUCCUUCUGUUUGUGAUAUCCAGCUGAAUCAAAUGCCUUCAAGUGACUUCAGUACUCUUAGUGAUGUGGUGAAAAUGUUCAGUGUGGAUUUCAGUAAGCCAGUACAGAGUGCUUCUACCUACUAUAGAGUGCAGCUGGAGCCUGUGAAAUCUGGCAAGGCACAAAUUGUACUUUCCUGGUGGGAUAUUGACAUGGACCCCUCUGGGAGGAUAAAUUGCUCGAUGGCUCCCUACUGGGUAAAACCCACUUCUGCUUUGCAGUGGAGGGAUCACUGGAUGCAGUGUGUUUAUUUUCUUCCACGUGAGGAGCCAGUUGUGCAGGGUGAGAAGUUGUACCUGACUGCCUGUCGUGAUGAGUACUCUGUGUGGUACAGCCUGCAGAAAGUCAGAGAAGGGGAGAACAGAGCAGAUGAAGAGGAGCACAAAGCAGAUGUCUGUGUGGAGAGUCCUGUCUGUAGGUGUCGUGCCCAUCUGCUUUGGAACAGGCCCCGCUUUGGGGAGCUGAAUGAUCAGAACCGAACAUGCCAGUACAUCAAGUCCUUGAGGAAAGUUCUGAAAACAGAUAGUGUUUGCCUUUGUAUCAGUGAUGGCAGUCUGCUGCCCGUGCUGGCUCAUUAUCUUGGAGCAAAGCAGGUGUUUACAUUAGAAAACUCUGGAGUGUCCUGUUCUGUCAUGGAAAAAUUUUUUAAAGCAAAUCAUCUUGAAGACAAAAUUAAAAUAAUAGAAGCUCGUCCUGAGUUGCUGAAGCCUUCUCAUUUGGAAGAUAAAAAGAUUUCUGUCCUUGUGGGAGAGCCGUUUUUCACGACAAGUUUGUUGCCAUGGCAUAACCUGUAUUUCUGGUAUGCCAGGACAGCUGUGAGCACUCACCUUGCCAGCAAUGUCACUGUCCUACCUCAGUCUGCUUCUUUGCACAUGAUGAUUGUGGAGUUCCAGGACCUGUGGAGAAUCCGGAGUCCAUGUGGCACCUGUGAAGGUUUUGAUGUCCAGACUAUGGAUGAUAUGAUUAAAGAUUCUCUGAAUUUUAGGGAAUCCAGGGAAGCAGAACCUCACCCGCUGUGGGAAUAUCCCUGCAAGUCACUGUCAGAGCCGCAGGAAGUUUUGACAUUUGACUUCACAAAGACUGUGCCACAGCACUGUCUCAGCACAGAGGGCUCUGUGAAGCUCUUACGGAAAGGCAAGAGCCACGGAGCAGUUCUGUGGAUGGAAUAUCAUCUUACUGCUGAUAUCUCUGUUAGUACAGGACUGAUGCAACUGCUCAAUGAAAAGGGAAGCUGUGAAUGGAAUCCCCACUGCAAGCAAGCUGUUUAUUUCUUCAGCUCUGUUAUUGAAUCAGAAAUUCUGUCAGACCCUACUGCUGUCACAUAUGCUAUAAAUUUUGACACAAAGACAGGAGAGAUUGCCAUGGAUUUUAAGCUAUUAUAAAAUACUUUCCUCCUGCUCAUAUUACUAAAUUAUAAUAAACAUACAGUAUUUCCCUUUUUUGU